GAAUUAGGUUUUUCAUACUUAAAGUGCGGAAAAACUGUGGGGAAAAGCUAUGCUGAACAUUCGAAAUCCUACGCCAAUCAUUUCGGAUAUUCGGACUUCGUAUAAAGUAAGACCAACAACGAAAAAUUUUUCUCGGUUAUCAAAAAAAAGAAAGAUUAAAAAAUUUACCAACAAACGACAAGUAAAACAUCCAAAUGAAAUAUUACGAAGAAAACAGUGCUGCAAUGAGUGAGGAUGAUGAUAACGUUGAUAUUGAAAGUGAUGACGGAGACGACUUAAGCGCAGAUGGAAAGUCACGUUCAGCUAACAACCAAUAUUUUUCUCAGGCUGAAAAAAGAGCUCAUCAUAACGCAUUGGAACGUAAGAGACGCGAUCAUAUUAAAGACAGCUUUACAUCACUUCGCGAUUCUGUACCAUCACUUCAAGGGGAAAAGGCGAGUCGUGCACAAAUCUUAAAGAAAGCUGCAGAAUAUAUUCAAUUCAUGAGACGUAAGAACAAUUCACACCAACAAGACAUCGACGACUUAAAGCGACAAAACAGCGUAUUGGAAGCACAAAUUCGAACAUUAGAGCGUGCACGAGCCAGUGGAAACUUCGCUGAAAGCAGCGAUGUUGUUCUCGAAAGCAUAAAAUCUGACAUCAGUUCACAUGAAAGCACCGACAACGAAAAUGAGAUGGACAGCAGCGAUUCAAGACGCAAUAAGCGAAUGAAAACCAGCACUUACUAAAUGUGAUUAUUACUUUCAAAAUAUCUUAUUAAAAAGAUAUCAAAAUUUAUUUCUACAUGCUUUUUUUCAAAACACAUGAACUCCUGUUAAUUAUGGAGACAUUGUCUUGAUUUUUGUGUCUAAUUAAUCUUGAAGAAAGAAUUAUUCAAAGCUAUGUAAAUUCUUAAACAGAUCAUAAAAUUUAACAUUUAGAUAAUUUGUUUGCAAAUUUUUAUUUUAUAGUUUUUUAAUGUUGAGCAAGACAAACAAAAAGAAAUUGAAAGAUGAAAAUAAGAAUUCGAUUGGGCUUGAAAAAUUGUAAAUUUGAGAUUUGAUUGGAGUGAAUUUCACGUCUCGCUUUGCAACUUUCUAGAUCCAAUCUGAGAAUUCAUUUAUUUCAGAAAUGCUCACAAAUAUUUUCAUAUAAUUCUUUGUAGAUAUUUAAGUUUAAAAAAGAUUAAGAGACAAAUAAAAAAUCAAUCUUAAUGAAUUAAAAUUUUAACAAUCUUCUUCAACAAAUCCAUUACUUAAACGAACCCCGGCUGAUUUCCUCUGUUUUUUGUUUUGCUUAUUUUUUUGUGGCGUUUCAAAUUUUGUUUGUUUAUUUUUCCUUUUUAUCUGCUUAUUCCUUUUACUACCAUCAUCUGAAUCGUCAUUUUCCUCGAUUUCUACCGUCACACAACCUGAUGUUGUUAAUUGUCUCACUUGGGUUUUGCUUUCAUCUUCUACAACUUCGUCUUUAAUUUCAGGAUCAAUUCCAGAUUUCACCAACUCACAAAUAUCCAAACAUAAUAAUCGACAUCCAACAUCGAUUCCACAAAUCAUCUCCAUUUCAAUCUUCUCACCAUUAAUGACUUUCCAAAGAUUUAAUUCACCAGAUGUUGAAGCUGUUGCAAGGAAUCCGUUGACGUAUUUCAUUGCUUUGAUUCUUGUUUCGUAGAUUUCACAAAUUGUUGCUUCUUCAUUCUCGUCUUCCCAAUUGAAGAAUAAAAGUUUGCCAUUUUCCAUACCCACAAGAAUGUCACUGUCUGAUAUCCAGCAAACUGAUGACGGGCGUGCUUCACACUUUUUUGUAGCUAUAACUUCUGCUUUUUCUGUACACCAAAUCUCAACAGAAUCUUUUCCUGUCAAAACGAAAUAAUCUCCUGAAAUCGACCAAACGACAAAGUCGAUUAUGCUUCCAAGUGAUUUAUUUUUGAGACUUGUGACAAAUGCUUGACGUCCAUUUAUAAGAUUCCACGUUCUAAGUGUUAAAUCACUUCCAAUUGACAACGCUAACUUCCCAGAUGGAUGUACUGAGAUGAAGUUGACUGAUGAUCCUUUAUGAGCACGUUCAAAGACUUUAUCAACUUUCCAAUUAUUUGUUUUUACAAAGGUCAUUUUGCCGUCUGCUCCACCACUUAUCAAAUAACUUCCAUCAGGAACAAACGUUAAAGAAUUUAUAGUUCCAUCGUGAACAUAUAAAUCGUCAAUUGCACGACGUUUCUCCAAAUCGUAAACACAAAUUCUGUCAUCUGCUCCACCACUUGCAACAAGCUUUCCAUUUGUUGCCACAGUCCUUAUAGAUGAUGUAUGAGAAUGUGUCGAGAAUGUUUGAAAUAAAUCAUAUUUCCGAUCGUUACUUCGUGAUGGACGAACUCUGUAUCCGAGAAGAAAUUCUUCGUAAGUUCCUACAAUUAUUUCAAGUUCAGUUGCCAUUUAUUCUCAUAUAUUUUAUUAAUA